UCCAUAAUGUCCUUUCCUCAACGCGACGAUGCAUGCUUUGAUGCCUCUCGUCCUUCGCAUCUCAGCAGAGCGGCGGCUGUCGGUCUCAACAUCGCGGUGACCUCAGGGAUGCAGGACGUCUCUGGUCCACACGCCCCCUCACCAGCAGCAUACUCCGAGUAUUCCGCUAUGCCUUCCACCCCCGCGACGCCGUCCGACGCGCCGGCGACCCCACUGGACGCCAACAGGAACUCUGAAGACUCGUGGAACCUCAUCCCGUACAACGUGCCUUGGGGGUCGGAGUACUUUGACUACCAACCAGGGACCCUGCCUGGUCCCGACGGCUCUUGCGUCUUCCUUCGUUCUCCGACUCCUCUCAAAAACAAGCGCACGACGCGGGCUUGCACCAAGUGUCGCGAGCGAAAGGCAAAAUGCAGCGGAACACGGCCCACAUGCUCACGGUGUCUGUCUCGUGGAUACAUCUGCCAGUACGAUCUUGAUGACUCAAAACGGAGUAGCGCUGCGAACCUCGCUCGGCAACGGCGGCGUAGCCAGGCAACGUUAUCGACAUCUUCCUCCUUUUCCUCCCUGAGGAGCGUGACCGCCUUCUCCGACCGCUCUGACUACUCCCAGGCAUCAUCGUCGCUGAGACGCGAGCUCGUCGAGGCGUCGUCGUCGACGAGCAGUCUUGCCUAUUCGGUCGCGUCCACCGCAUCGACCACGUCAACGUCGAGCGAGCCCCUCGAGGCGUGGUGGCCGUUCGAACGGCCGCCCUCGGCGAGCUACAUCCCGUUUGCAGAGGGGAUGCCGGCGGAUCCAUACCCGAAAAGCAUCCACGCGAUUUCGGAGGAGGCCAACUUUCCGUCGGCAAUGUCCGUGCACGCCCCGCGGCCAGUCAAAUGUUCGCAAGCGGUGCCCUUCCUGACGCAUGUGCAAACAGAGAUGAGCGAGGCGGUUUCCGCAGGGGGCUUUGCUGACGCGUCGAUGUCGAUCGCUGUCGCCGACGACAUGGACGUGAAUGCGUACGCGUACGUCGGGUUGGACCCGUUCGACCCGCACUCGUACGGUUUCUCCGGUGAUCAUAUGUUGUUUCAGCCCUUUGCGAUGCCGCCGACGUACCUCUCCCCGUUCGGGGCGAUGGAGCAGGACAUGAUGCAGACGCACUACGAGCCGCCAUCGACGGCGGCGUCGGGGUAUAAUCAGGACAUUGGCAUUGUUCCGCAGCGGACGUACGACGCCUUUGUGGCUUGAGGUCUCA